GUGCUGUUGCAGGAGGCGCUAACCGACGACCGGCUGGACGACGACCAACUGGAAGAGGACAAGCGCGCCUCGUCCAUGUACCAGUUCGGGCUGGGCAAGCGGGCUCGCGCCUACGAGUUCGGCCUGGGCAAGCGACGAGCCUACGAGUUCGGCCUGGGUAAGCGGCGGGCCUACGAGUUCGGCCUGGGCAAGAGACGCGCCUACGAGUUCGGGCUCGGCAAGAGAGCCCGCGCCUACGAGUUCGGCCUGGGCAAACGGUCGCGCGCAUACGAGUUUGGCCUUGGCAAGCGGUCACGCGCAUACGAGUUUGGCCUGGGCAAGCGGACUCGCGCCUACGAGUUCGGACUCGGCAAGAGAGCCCGCGCCUACGAGUUCGGCCUGGGCAAGAGGAGCGGCAGGGACUAUUCCUUCGGGCUUGGCAAGCGACUACCCAACGAGCGGCGGUACGCCUUCGGUCUCGGAAAGAGGUCCGACGAGCUGCCGGAGGCAGUCGAGCAGGCGACCGAGCAGGACUGGCAGACGGGCGGCGCGGACAGCGUCGGCAAGCGGGAGGUGGCGCCCCAGGAGCUGCGGGAGGUGGCGGCGGAGCACGCGGAGCACGACCAUCACCAGCAGCAGCACCAGGAGGCGCACUCGGCACCAGGUGAGCACGGCGCCCGCACCAAGCGCGCCGCCUCCAUGCAGUAUGGCUUCGGCCUCGGCAAGCGGAUGGUCGACGCGCUGGUGGACGGCGCCCUGGACGACGGGGACGUGCUGGAGCUGGAGGACAUGGUGGACGCGGACACGGACGCGCUCGAGCGGGCGGGCCGCGCGAGCCGGCAGUACGGCUUCGGGCUGGGCAAGCGCGCCUACGACGCGAGCAACGCCAAGCGCGGACCCACCCGGCAGUACGGCUUCGGCCUGGGCAGGAGAAGCAUGCAGUACAACUUCGGCAUCGGCAAGCGGAGCUCCGGCGAGGCCGGCGCGGACGCCAACCUGAGCCCCGCGGAGCGCUGAGGCGGGCCGUCGUGGGCCGGGGCUGGCUGGGGGGCGGGGCCGAGGACCGGGCUGCAGGCUGACGUCACCGCCGCGCGCCCACACGUUCUCGGAGCAAAGAACAGUUUUUGAACGAACCUCCCCACCCACGCGCGGCGGGGCUCGGCGGCCUGCAGAUGGGGCUGCCCUCUGACCCUCCCGCGGCACGCAUCGAUGGGGGGCGGGGAGGUGAGG